GGAACUUUCAUGUCCGCGCCCGAGAUGACCGAGGCGGUAUCGUUCGGAGAUGAUUUUGGCCAGAAGAUCGACCUCACUGUGCGCAUCAGAGAGAUCCUGCGAAACUAUCCAGAGGGAACGUCCGUUCUCAAAGAGAUGGUGCAGAACGCAGAUGACGCUGGCGCGACCGAGAUUUCGUUCUGCCUGGACAAGCGAACGCAUGCUUCAGACAACCUUGCGUACACAAAGCUUGCUGUGUUCCAAGGCCCGUCCCUCUUGGUCCACAACAAUGCGGAGUUCACGGACGUAGACUUUGAAUCGAUCCAACGCAUCGGAGACUCCCUGAAGAAAGACUCGUCGAAGGGAUGGAAGACCGGACGCUUCGGCAUUGGAUUCAACUCAGUGUACCACCUGACGGACUUUCCCACGUUUGUCAGCGGUCGGCGCAUCGUGAUGUUCGACCCUCAGGCGACCCAUCUCCCCAACGUAAACCCGAGCAACCCUGGCAAGCUCAUCGAUUUUCUCGCGCGGCAAGACCUUCUCGCCCAAUUUCCCAACCAGUUUGCGCCGUUCAAGGGAUUUGGAUGCAAUCUAGCGGCACAUUUCCACGGCACGAUGUUUCGGCUCCCAUUGCGCACGGCGAACGAGGCCCGUCGAAGCAAACUAUCGGCGUCCAUUCGAACGUGCGAGGACAUUCAACACUUGCUGGACGAGUUCUUUGUCGAGUCGACCAUGGUCUUGUUGUUUUUGCGACAUCUUGCCAAGAUCUCCAUCUACGAAUGGACGGAUGGCCAAGAUGCGCCGUCCAUGCGCUACACCACCGCCGCCGCCGCCGUCGUUGAGUCGCUGGCAUGUCGCAGCCAAAUCGUCGCUCGUCCACCUUUUUCACAAGCAGGUACGUCGUGGGAUGUCCAUUUGAAGGUCACGACGAGAGACAUUGCCCACAACAUGGACCAUCACGCGUCUUGGCUCGUGUGCAACCAACUCGGCGGCGGGACAUGCUCCAUGAUCGCCAACCACCCAGACAAUGCAAGCCUCCGCCUCAUUCCGUACGGCGGAGUCGCGGCAAGGCUGGAUGCCGCCGUGCCGGGCCGCGCGUUCUGCUUCCUGCCGUUGCCUGUGGAAACCGGUCUUCCCGUCCACAUCAACGGGUACUUUGAGCUGAGUUCGAAUCGACGGGACAUCUGGACCGGCGAUGGCCUCAGCGGCGACGGCCUCCUUCGGGCGCAGUGGAACGAUGCCCUGUUGAAGGAUGUCAUCGCGCCGUGCUAUGCCCGGGCCAUCGCGACCAUCCGCCACGAAUCUCCAUACCUGUUUCCGUCGCAUGUGCCGGCGAUCGCGUGGCAAAAAGCGCUCGUCUUGUCGAUGCUCCGGCUAAUCCAGACGCAGCCGUGCUUGUUCGCUAGGGCAACCAACUCGUUCGUGUCGCCCGCGGAAGCCAAGGUGCUGCCAGUGGACAUGCCGCACCGCAACACGGUCGAAGCGGUGCUGCAACAUGACAGCGUGCCGCUCUUGUCUCUCGAUCUUUCUCUGCAACGCUUGCUCCUGGACACCAGGACGAUCCCCGCCCCAUUCGCUCCACAGGACGCCAGAUCUUGGUACAAAGCGCACCGCACAUCGCACGGAAGCGAUCCCGUCGCCAUGCGGCAUUUGACCGAGUUUUGCUUCGACGACAUCAACUCAACCAACUCGCAAGAAAUCGUGGGAGUCGACCUCGUUCCCCUCUUGGAUGGAUCCGUAGGAACCUUUCAAGACGGCGCCGGAGUUGAUGCGGACGCGCUGGCACAGCUCUCCGCCAUGGGCUUCGACAAGACGUCCUGCGUCGCCGCCCUCACAACGACCCACGACGCGUCCGAAGCGUUGAAUUGGCUGCUGUCCCAUGAUGCUACUGCAUCCAGCAGCACCGCGGCAGCCAUGACGACGUACUAUGUGUGUGGGGACCCUCUGGAGCUGGAGCUGCUGCAGGCAUCGUGCUCAAACGUUCUCGUGAAUACGGCGGUGCUGAGCAAGAGGAUGGUGGCACUCGUCACGUCCGUCCGGCACUUGAACGUUGAGAGGGUCACAAUCGACUCGUUUCGAUAUCUCGUGGGCCGCCACGUCUUUCCCAGCGAGUGGAAGCACCAGCAGCGUGUGGCCAAGUGGUCCCAGGAUCCCCCGCUGUCGUUUGCCUGGUUUCAAUCGUUCUGGUCGUAUGUUGGUCCGUCUCCCGCCAAGUUUGAGCUUUUCCAAGAUGAAUGGCCGGUGCUUCCAACGAAAUCCGCCGCUCUGUGCGCAUUGCAUCGGCAGUCGACGGUCGUGAGCGGCGAGUUGCUGCCGGACGCGGUCGUGGCCAUCUUGGACACAAUCGGGGUCGAUAUGCUGGCGCCGCGACUGUUUCAAAACACUCCCCACCACACGAUUUGGAACUUCAUCCAGCAACCGACGCCCCACGGCGUGUUGGCCACGCUGUCCCGUGCCAUGUGCCAAGCGCUGUCGAUGGACGACAAGGCGACGAUGAGGGACUUCCUUUUGUCCGAUCACUGCCACGACAUGGACAACGACGCAGUACAGCACCUCAAGUCGCUUCCCAUCUUUCCCGGCGUCGACGGGGCCAUCUCCAUCACCCCAUCGACCUACGUUGCGCCACAAGUUGACGUGGAAUUGCUUGCGCAGGACGACCCACACUGCAUGAUGCCAAACGUCCUGUCGUCGGCCGCGACUCGAGUGCUCAACGUCCACGUGCUGGACAAGAUGACGUUCUACUGGACCAAGCUCUUUCCUGCCAUGCCUGCGAUGGCCAUCGACAGGCAGCACGCCGCCAUCGAAUGUGUCCUGCGAGAUGUGUCGCUUUUCCUCCAACGACCACUUGGACCGUUCCAGGACCUCGCCAUCUUCCCGACCAUGGCGGCUGGCCCGUUGAAGCGCAUCACGGAACUGUACGACCCUGAGAUCGACAUGUUUGUCGGCAUGAUCCAUCCGAGCUGUUUCCCUGUCGCGCCAUCUCCAGACGCGUUGGCGGCGAUGCGGUUGCUGGGGCUGCAGCAAAUGCUCACUCGACCGUCCAUCUGCCAGUUGAUUGUGGCGCUGGCAAGUGCCGAACUGCCCGACGUGCACCGCGCCAAGGAGUUUGUCACGUACAUCGACACCCAUGCCGACACGCUCCUGCAUCCCACCGAGAACGUGGCGAAACCAUCCAAGAAGCUGCCAUUCUUCCUCAAACCGAAAAAGAUCCACACCACGGCGACGCACUUGGCCGACGAGAUGAAGGAGAUCAUUGCGUUGCGGGACUCGUUGACGUCGCAUGCGUGGCUUCCUGUCCUGACGACUGGCACCGAUGCCGCGCAGCCCAUGCGAACGCCGGUGGUGACGCUUGCCCUGCCAAGGGACGUGCGCCUGACCGACGACAUGUGGCUCUGUUCUGCGAGUUGCUACAUCUUGGACGGCACGAUCACGUCCGACGCGCUGCGGGAGCUCUUUGGCUGGAAACGCGCUCUUCCACCGGCAGUCCUCGUUCGCCAACUGUGCGCGAUGCACCAAAUGCCGUCGCGGUCCCCCGCCUAUUCCACAGCAACGUGUCGGAUCUACGAGGCAUGUGGCCGCCAUCCCACCGACAUGGUUCGCCCGCUGCUCGCAGACGCGGCGUGGAUCUGGAUUGAAGACACGUUUUAUACAUCGUCACAAGUCGCCGUCGAGUGCUACAUCCACGCAUCGCCUUACCUGGCGGCCGUUCCUCGCGCGCUCGAUCGGUUUGCGUCGUUUUUCAAGUCGAUGGGAGUUCGCCAAACAUUUCAAGCGCACGACUACGUCUCUGUCCUGCAGGCCAUGUACGACGCCAAGUUGUCGGGUAACAACGUGGCGCUUCGACAAGACGAGUUGGCGCUGGCCGUGCAGCUCAUCCAAGCGCUCAGUGACAUGCCACGUCCUUCGACUGGCCGCCCUGUGUACAUGCCAAGCGCGAAUGCGACGCUACAGGAAGCGACGACGCUCGCGUUCAACGACGCGCCGUGGGUCGACCCUCCGCCGCCCCACCUCGUCUUUGUCCACUCGCAGAUCUCAAACGUCGUGGCGGCGUCGCUCGGGUGCAUUUCGUUUCGGUCAUGUUUGGUCCUGGCCACGUCGGAGCAUUUGCAAGGCGUGGAAUCAUUUGGCCAGUCCGAGCCGCUCACUCGACGGCUCGCUUCAAUCUUGGAGCAGUACCCCGAGGGCACAAGCAUUCUGAACGAGCUCGUGCAAAACGCAGACGAUGCGCAGGCCACGCAAUUUAGCAUUUGCUACAGCCGAAAAACAUUCAAGUCGUCGUCGCUUCUGAGCGCGCCGUUGGGACUGUGGCAAGGCGCGGCUCUGUAUUGUUACAACGACGCGGUUUUCAGAGACAGCGACUUUGCCAACCUGGCGCGCAUCGGACAAGGCUCGAAACUUGGCAACCUCUCCACGACAGGUCGCUUCGGCCUCGGCUUCAACUCGGUGUACCACUUGACGGAUGUUCCGUCUCUGGUGUCUGGGGAAUCGCUUGUGAUGUUCGACCCGCACGCCACGAACGUUCCGAAUGCGACCGCCACGCACCCUGGCAUCAAGAUUCGCCUGACCAACUCGUCUUUGGUCGGCCACUUUCCCGACCAAUUUGCGCCGUACGCGUUGUUUGGAUGCGAUGUGGCGAGUCAUCGAUUUGAUGGCACGCUGUUUCGAUUUCCACUGCGAAAUGCCGACACGGGUGCGCGCAGCGACAUCAAGAAGGGCGUUUACACCGAUGCCCAAAUGCUUGAAUUCCUUGACCUGUUCAAGCAGUCGCUGACGUCGACGCUGCUCUUCCUUCGACAUGUCUCGCGCAUCUCCGUGUAUAUCCUAGACGAAGGCGACGAUGCCCCCACGCUGCUGUACGAAGGCUCAGUCCACGAGAGACCCCCGCAUCCGCUGAACCAGUUUCCAACGAAGGCUGCAUUCUACGCGCACUUGGCAAAGCAAACGGCCGUCGCCGUUCAGACCAACCGCAUCCACGUCACCACAUCACACAACUCGGACGACAUGUACUGGAUCACUCAUGCCGUUGGAUGCGGGCUGGCGCAAGAAAUGGCGCUGGCGAACCAAGCACUCAAGCUGAUCCCAUACGCAGCCGUGGCCGCUCGCGUUGGAGAUCCCCUCGACGGCCGCGCGUUCAGCUUCUUGCCGCUCCCUGUCAAAGUCGGCUUGCCUGUUCAUAUCAACGGGUACUUUGAGCUGUCGUCAAAUCGCCGUGACAUUUGGCACGGAGAUGACAUGACGGGCGAAGGCAAGCAGCGGUCCGAGUGGAAUACCCGCCUGCUGGUCGAUGUCGUCGUGCCAGCCUACGCGGCGAUGCUGCAAACUGCCCAGUUGGACCUGCCAAACAACGACGUAUUGGCAUUGUUUCCGGCCGCAAUGCCGCCAUGUCCAUGGAAUUUGGUGGUGGCCGCGCUCUUUCGAGUCAUUCGAGACAUUCCAUUGAUUCGCACCGAGCCAACACGUGAUGCUGUGCCGUUGUCGAACGUAGUGGUAUCGGACUCUCUGUCGCCGCGGACGACGGUGCUGGAGCGUCUUCUCCGUGAAAGCAACAUCCCGUUUGCAGUGCUCCCUCCGGGCUUGGCUUGCCUUGUCGUGGACUUGAAGGUCGUGCUUGGGAGUUUGACGUCGUCCACAUUUCGCCACCUUCUCCGCACGCACCGAAUCCGCAUCGACGCGUUGCCGCGGCCGUUGGUGCCGGACGUAGUUGCCAUUUGCACGGAAGACGGCGCGCUGAGCGAACUCGAUGGCCUGCCUCUGUUAGCCAUGCAAAACCAAACAUUUCGACAACUCGUGCUCAAGCGUGCCAUCGCAGAGACCGUGUUUUGCACGACGGCGCUCGAGAACGAGUUGCUUGAUGGGUGUGGAUAUGCCGAUCGGCGCCUGAAUAUGGACCUCUGCGGACACGUGCUGUGUGCUGUCCCAGGGCUUACCGACGCCUCCAACGUCAAGUCGUACUCUCUCGGGGAGCCGUCCCUGCCGCUUUUCCCCAAAACGUGGCAUGGACAAGAACUUGUGCCAUGGGAUCCGACCAGCUCGCACGUGUCGGCAUCGUGGCUCCGGACGUUUUGGACAUACGUCACUGCCUACGUGGAAACGAAUGGAGAUGGGACUGUCUUGCACGAGUGGCCGUGCAAGCCAUGCAUGCUACCUGACCGAACGCUGGUGCUUGUCCAGCUGCAGGUCCCGACGCUGGUGGUUGACGACUCGCUGGUGGGCAACCCGUUCGUUCGGUCCUUCUUUACACCGCUUGGGCAAUACAUCCUCGAAACGCCGCUCCUUCCCCAUAAAGAAUGCCCUCCAUGGCUCGUGAAUCACAGCUACUGCACAUUCCUGACGUCGACGAGUUUGAUCCAUCUCUUGGCACGUCACCCCCAUGCGAUCCAGACGGCUAGUUUGCACGAACGCGAGAUGCUCCUCGCGAUCGUGUGCCAGCAACUCUACAACGACUACUCGGACGGACAGCGGACGGUCAUCCACACGCUCGAGUUGUUUCGAGUCCAUGGCGGCAAUGACCGCACGUUUGUGUCCCUUGAGUCGCAGCUACCGCUGGUCUUGGCCCCUAUCGACUGCAACCCCGCACUCCUUGGCACGUCUUUCCUCCGGCCACAAGGGUUGACGGAGCGGCAAUUCUGCCGCGAUGCCGGCAUCCCCGAAUGGACGCAAGACCAAGUGUUUCUCGAGCAUGUACUUCCCUGCCUUGCCAACUAUGCCCGCCCCAUGCAACUCAACAUUCUGAUCGACUCGUUGGCGUCGUUCACGCACGCGUCUGCAGCGUAUCAAGAUGCGUUGAAGGCUGUGCUGGUUGUGCCGACCCAGAGCUCGUCGAGUCCGUUGCGCCGCGUUUCAGAGCUGCACGACCCCACCAAGCCCGACUUGGCCGGUCUUCUCGGCCCGACAAGCUUUCCGACGCAAGACCUGUGCACGCCGACGCUCUUGGACGUGUUGCGGCAACUCGGGCUAAAGCAGCAUUUGUCCGUCCAGGCGAUGGCGGAAAGCGCCGCUGCGAUCGACGACAUGUCGAGAAGGAACCGAUCGGAAGAUGCCCAUGCGCGGGCAUGUCACUUGCUAGCAAUCGUCAACGAACACUUGGACUCGCUCUACAAUCCGACCACGGAUGCCCCGCACUUGACUGCUCUCGCCACACUGUGCUGGCUUCCCGUCGCCAUCGAGCGAGCGCAUCCGUUGCUGCCGUGGCGGCAAACUCAGUACGUGGCAAGCCCAGAUACGACGUGGGCUCAAGACAUGGCGUGGCUUGGUUCGUCGUCCAAGUGCAUCCUGCUGGGGCAUGUCGAGUCGAAAACGCUGGCGAGUGCUUUCAACUGGAACGUCACGUCAACAGUUGUCGUGGCGCAGCUGAAAGCCCUGAGCGAGUUUUCAACGUGCGAUACGGCCGAAGCCCAAGCAGACAUGACUCAUCACGUUCGAGACUUGUAUGUGGCGCUGCUUACUUUGCCCGUGGACGAAUGGAGACCAAGUCUGGAAGAGAUUGCGUGGCUGUGGACGGGCUUCACCUUUGUCAAGGUCAGCCAAGUCGCGACUGGUUGCCCACCCAACCUGGAGCCGCUGCUUUGUCCUGUUCCGUCCGCCUCUCUCGUGCCAACGGACCUUCUCGAUGCUUUUGCCAUCAAGGACGCGUUCGACUCGAGCGAUUACAUCCAUGCGCUUCAGUCUUUGCCCCAGACACGGCGACUGUCGGAUCGAGAAAUGGAUGUUGCGUUGGCUUUGCUUGCCUGGAUCCACACCACGAUGGACAACACGUCGAUUCCGUCCAUCGGCACCGACGUCCUUCUCCCGGAUGCUGACUUGCGCUUGGUCCGAGCAGCCAACCUCACGGCGGACGACAUGGCGUGGAAUCCAGCACAAGACAUUCGCUGUCACCGCAGGCUGGUGCACCCCAACGUCCCUGUCGAACUCGCCCUUCGACUUGGAGCGACGUCGUUGCACACUUCGAUUGCCAGCGCAUCGUCCAGCAGUGUCAAGAUGGGGCUGCCGCCCGUACCCGUGGUUCUAGCCAACUUGAAUCACCCCGACGCAUGGAACCUUCAACUCUUUCGCGCGGUGACGGCUCUGGCCGACAAGUGGCACGUCUCGCACGUCGACUUUGUCCUGGACCAACGGCACCAUCCCCGUGAAAAGGUGUGUCGACCGACGUUUCAAUCUCUCCAGGAAGAAUCGCUCUUGAUUCACUUCCAUGACCACGUCAUGUCCGCCGACGAGCUCUACGGCGACAUCCACGCCAUCUUCACGGGACUCUACGUGGCCAACUGUGUACAAGUUCUCGCUGGAGACGCGUUUUACGUUGUCGAUCCGUGCGGCAUAUACGUCGACGUACCUGGCGCGAUCUGCUAUGCGGUCCAGUCGACAGAGUUUCAGCGUUACAGCGACCAACUUGUUCCCUUUACGUGCUUGCCACUCGCACCGAGCAACCCCACAAGCGGGUUCUCGGGCACCGUGCUGCGGUGUCCGUGGCGAAAGCUACCCUGCGAUUCGUUUCCCGCAUGCCCCGUCAUCAAUACCGCUGCCUUGGUCGCCCAACUCGACGCGGCCGUGAAGGAGGCGGCGGCGGUGUCGGUGCUCUUUACGCAGUACCUGAGUCGAGUGACGCUGUGGACCCUGGGCGUCGGGUCUGAAUACGCUCGCGAUUGCAAUGUAGACAUUCAACUGUACGAUGACGCGAGUGUGCUGUGUGCCCGCCGCAAGCUCGUACAAGACUCCGAGUGGAAAAAGCCUCCAGUGUUCCAACUCAGUAGCUUCUUUCGACGGUCCGUCAAGGAGGAGCUGGCGACCGUCGUUGAAUGCACCGUGCGUGUCGAAACCAACAACGUUCCCCGUGUCCAACGAUGGCUCGUCAGCUCCAACGUCGCCGUGGGCCGAACGCGCGAGGUGGCCAAGAGCAUGCAUGGAAUCACGCCACAUGCAAGCGUGGCGUGCUUGCUGCACCAGAGCGAUGGCGGGACCCACGUCGUUGGGCAAAUGUGCACAACGGUGCCGUCUGGAACCGCUACUGGCCUGCCGGUCCACAUCAAUGGGGGCUUUUUGCUGGCAGGGCUAGACUUGCCGUUGCAAGGAUUCGAAUCUGUAGGUGCGUCGGACAAUCAAUACGACACAAAAGCGAUGUGGAAUCGCAUUCUGAUUGAAGAUGCAGUCAGCGAAGCGUAUGUUCAACUGCUCUUGGCCAUCAAGCAGGCGGCGUCUCCAUGGCUGGAGGCGGCCAAGGCGGUGUACCGAGCAUGGCCGAGCAUCCACGACCCAAACGACCACCACCACGUUGUCGGUCCUUUCACUCAACACGCCGUGCUCUCUAAAUUGUCGACGCAGCCGUUGUUUCUAUGUGGAGAUGGCACGAUGCGCAAGCUGGACGACGGGUACGACCCCGCCACCCUGCACAUUCAAGUGGCAUCGUACUGUCACCUCCAUUUCGCCAUGUUUCAACUGCCCACGCAUGUGUACGCAACCGUUCGCGAGCACGGCGCCGCCAUCCCGCAGAUGCAGCCCCGUGUCCUGCGGGACUUUCUCAAACGCGUGCACGUAUCAACCAUCCACUGCGCCCUGUGCAUGCCACUGCUAGAGUACUGUGCGUCCGACCUAACGUCGACGACGUAUCAUGAAUUGGCGGGGCUGCCGCUGCUGCCUCUCGCUGACGGCUCCGUCGGUCUCAUUCCGUACGGCCACCACAUCUUCACGGAUAAAUUCGUCGUGGCAACGAUGGAUCAACAGCAAUUGCUGCCCACGUUGUGUGCGCGAUUUCUCGCGCUCCAUUUCGUGCACUCGAUGGCGGCGUGGUUGGCAGAUCCCAAGUUUGUCGCUGCCAUUGGCGCCCAACACUUCAGCGUGCAGUUGUUGGCGACGUCACUGGAUACCCAACUGCCCAAGACGUGGAAAAACCAAACGAGUGUACGAUGGGACCACCGCGUCGUCGACGAUCUGUGGCUUGUUCGGUUCUGGAGUCAAGUGUCCAAGGCUGACGCAUCCCUGUUUCAAGCAUGGCCGUUGCUUCCAGUGUCGGGCGGCCGUGAGCUCAUGUCGUGUAGAUAUGUCGAUCGCGUCAUUUGGCUGUGGCAAGAUGUCUCGCUGGCCGUCGAGCUCCGUGCGUUGGUUCGACAAGGCCACGAUCGCGUGCGGGAGGAUCUUACCGCGCUUGAGCGAGAAAGCCGCGUCUUGGAGUCGCUGACGAGGAAGCAGCUUGACGUAUUUCUCGAAGAUGACGCGGUGGUCGACUCGCCCACAAUCGUUGCCGAGCCCGACAACGCCGCUCCACAUACGCAUCGAUCAAGCGAAACCUGUGAUGCCAUCCUUCCCGUGCCAGAAAACGACCCUGCGCAUCGCUCGAUCGUUGACAUCCUUUCCAAGCUUCACGCACCGUCCAUGGAAGUGGCGUACUUUCACGAAAACGUCACGUUUCCACUGCCAACAGCCCAUGUGGGCAUUCUCGGUUGCUUGGCGCAGUGGCCCGAACGGCUUGAGUGGGCUGGAAUGUCGGCCGAGAGCAAGGCUGCGUUGGUGUACUUCUUUGCGUCCCGAGGGUCGUCUUACGGCGGGUACAACCGGGCCCAGAUUGACCAACUUCGUCGAUUGCCCAUGUACAAAACCCUUUCCGGACAGCAUGUCGCGAUCACCGACGACGUCGUCAUGCUGAGCUCUGAAAUCUCUACGUUUCCGCCGUACUUGCCAGACCACGUCCAGGGCUCGUUCCUCGAGCUGGACCCGGCAACGUCGUCGGUCGUGGUGCCGUUUUACAAAGAACUGCGUGUGGAUGCGCUGAGCGAAGCCCAGUUGUUCAUCCAGUUUGUCAUGCCGCAGUUCCAAACGACCCAAGCGCCGGCCCAGACGCACGCGAUGCUCGACAUGAUUCAUCGCAAGUGGAAUGUCAUGCAAGAUAAACCAGAGCUGCUGGCAUUCCUGCAACGAACGCCGCUCUUCCCGUGCGCCACGGGCGGCUACGUUUGUGCCUACAACUUUUUCGACCCUCGCCUCCCGUUGUUGAAGGCCAUGUUCAUCGAGUCCUCGCCAGAGUUUUUUCCGCCACCGCACUACAGCAGCGACUCGUGGCUCGCUAUUCUCGGCGCGAUCGGCAUGCCCACGACCAUCUCGCCCGACAUUUUGCUCCGGUGUGCUUGUCAUGUAUCCCAUUUCACGACUCCGUUGACCAGGUCGACCGAAGAGCUCGUGAUCAUGCUCCACCAACACUUGGUCACCCUGAGCUUCGUUGAAACCCACGCGGAGAACGCGUUCGUCGCAAAGUUAAAAGCCAUUGCGUGUGUGCCGGCGACCGUCUAUUCCCCGGUGGACGGCACCCAUCUGACCAAGCUGGUGCGGUACGACGAAUGCGCUGUCCCGGACGACCAGUUCGUUGCGUGCUUUGCCAAACCGAUCCUGCACAGCUAUGCUGUGCCGCCGCGGAUUUUGUGGCGUCGCGUCGGGCUCGUGUCGCCGCCAGUCGUGGCCGACGUCAUACAGCACGUUUCAGCAAUCGCGCUUCAUGCCCCCAACCUCGUGGAAACGUGGAGCUUUUCGUUUGCAGUGACGGACAUGUUUCUCGCGAUUUUUAGCUUCCUCCAGACCCACUGGUCGGACGUAACCCCGCCGUUCCGAGCCCAGCUGAGAGACAUGCCGCUCGUUCCCAUCGGAGCGAGGCUCGUCAAAGCCAAUCGGCUGUACAUCCGACUCGCUGACAAUUUGGCGCCGUUCCUGUUCGAAGUGCCUCGGGUCUUUGGCGGAUGCGACGCGCUCUUCCGCGACUUGGGCACGACGCCGGCGCCCCAAGCCGACGACUACAUUGCGUUGCUGCACGCAUUGCACGAUGAAUGCCCCGUGCUCAACUUGAACGAGCUCGAUGCUGUCAUCAAGAUCCUCGGCUUGAUCGAAGCAUUCCCAGACGACUCGACCGCCACUCUGCCCGUCCCCACGACCACGAACCGAUUGGCGCGACUCCACGAGUGCGUUUUCAACGACGCGCCCGCGAUGCUUGCUGACAUUGACGGCUCCCACCUCCACGUGGUGCACCCGAGGGUCGGCCCGGCCAUCUGCCACCACCUGCGUGUGCCCAACUUGACGGCGGCGGUCGUCGAGGUCCUCGCGCCGUCCUUCGUCCCGGACCGUGUGCAUGACACGACUGAGCUGACUGCGCGCCUCCGUUCGCCCGAGUUUUCGGCAGGGCUGCAACAAAUCAUCCAGGCAUCCGAUUUUCCUGGACCUGCCGCCGGCGCGCUGGACCUGCCAUUGUGGCCUUUAUUCACUGUCGUUGGCGUUCGAGACAUCCCGACGCGGUACGUGGUGGCGUCCACUGGCCAGGACGUGACUUCGUCCGACUCGCGUCCAUCCAAGCUCUUCUUUGUCGAUGCCGAUCGCCAUCUCAUGUACGUGCGAACGGAACCGCCUGCCGUGUCGCUAGUCCAUGCCGUCGCGCUGGGAGUGCAGCAUGCCCUGCACGGUCUACUCAAGGACAGUUUGCCCGUCGUCGCCUUGCUCCAAACUGCCGGCGGCGAUCCGACCAACAUGCUGCGCAGUCUCGGUCUGCGAACGGCGCCCGAUGCAGAUGCGACUCGAGGACAAGUCGGGUGCCGCCUCGUGCCGUUCGACAAGGACCGGCUCGAGUUGAAGCCGAUGCGGACGUUCACGGAAGGCGAAGUGGUCGCGGUCGAGGCCAACCAAGCGUACGUUUACGCGGUCGUGUGCGGCGAAAAGGCCGUCGAGGUAUCGGGCAUCCAACAAGUCUUGGUGCGGACAUCGUCGUCGACGACACGAUGGAUGCGAUCCACGCACGUCUACUCGUUCAAGUCGGAGCGUCGACCACGCGGCACUGCACCCUCCUCGGCGACAACGCCUCGUGCCACUCGUGCGUCGGUGGCGCCUGGUGCCGUGGCCGCCAUCCCGCCAUCGCCCGACGCGCCGCCUCUGCCACCGGCCAUUCUUGACCAUCACGUGAUCGAUGCGGUCAACGGAUUGCUUGCCCGGCUAAACUUACGACUGAGCGCGCCGUACGAGUCGUUGGUGGCCGACGUCAUGCAACUCCAACAGCGCGUCGCCGCGGCGGAACAAAGCAAUGCGGCCAUGGCGGACCGCCUCAACGACGCGCUGCAAGUCAACAACGACCUCGUGGAUAGCUUUGUGUGCUCGAUCUGCCUGGAACACCACGUCGAUCGCGUGCUCGUGCCAUGCGGCCACAUCUUUUGCCACCACUGCACCCACCGCAUCGCCCCGCGCAAGUGCCCUGUGUGCCGGCACGUCUUUACCCUCGCCUCGGCCUUCCAUAAACCAACGUAAUGAUGCGUCGUUGCUCGGA